AUGACAGAGACACGCCAAAGAAGAGUUAGCAAUGGAACUAGUCAACCCAAAGAAGACAUAGAUCAGAACAUAGACGAGAAUAAACCCAAGUACUGGGACCCGCUGACCGACGGCGUGCGGUGGAUCGAGAAGUAUGCCGAGCCUCUGGAGAAGUUCUUCGAAAGGCUGCCAGAGUUCAUCAGCACGUUCAUUGCCACGUUUGCUGUAUUCACAUUUGGUUCAACACUGAGAGGAGAAUGGGUUGUGAUCUUGGUGACGGCGCUCAAGCAGAUCUUCGGUCACACGCAGAGCGACCGCAACAUGACCACGGAAGAGAUCUACAAGCUCUUUACAUCAGAAAACCUCAAGAUGGAGAACUUUGCUGUCAUCUUCAUUUCAGCGCAUUGUGUGUCCUACGGCACGUAUUUUGCUAUUGGUGGCUUCUUGCAUUGGUACUUCUAUGUGCGGAGAAGGCAUUUAGCUCACGAAUGGAAGAUCCAACCGAAGAAGUGGUUGUCCCCUGAACUGGAGCGCCAUGAGAUCAUGAUAGGGACCGUCUCGCUCUUCAUCACUGGUAGCUUCUCCGCCUUCCUCGCCUGCUACAUCUACAACGAAAACCCUUCCACUGUCUACUACCAGUUCGAUGAGUACGGAUGGUGGUGGUUCUUCUUGCAGUUCCCUAUAAUCUUUGUUUACACGGACUAUACGACGUACAUCCUCCACCGCCUGUACCACACGCCGUGGCUCUACAAGCGCUUCCACAAGUUGCACCAUAAGUACAAGCAGCCGACCGCCUUCUCAGUCACCGCCAUCCACCCCGUGGAAAUCAUGCACGUGCAGCUCACCAUGUGUCUGCCGCUGUUCACCUUGCCAGUGCACUGGAUGCCUUUCUACGCGGUCGCCCUCUACAACUACUACCACGGUAUCCUCGACCACUCGGGCAUCAACUUCAAGGGCCAGUGGUGGCAGCCCUGGCAGCCUGACGCAGAGUUCCAUGAUGAGCACCAUCAGUUCUUCCAUUGCAAUUACGGCUUUAACAUGUCCCUUUGGGAUAAGAUUCACGGCACUAUGAGGAAAGUAAACCGCGUCUAUACAGAAGAAACAUUCGAGGGUGAAGCACCUCUGAUAGAUUCAGCUGAAGCAAACAAAAUUAUUGAAACAGAUCCUGAUGCUAAGGAAUUUGUUCAAAAGACUAAACUCAAUGAGGCAGUGGCCAGCAGUAAAGACAGUCUCAACGCAAAACAAUGACAUUGACUAUUAGAAAGGAAAUAAUUAAAAACUCAAAAUAAUGCUCUUAUUUAGGUAAACCAGGUUUUGUAGGCUAGAUCUUAACUAUCAUAAGAUUAUAAGUGUCGAUAUUUAAAUAAAAUGUAUAGAACA